GGGAUCACCAUGUUCCUCACACGUGUUUACAUUAACAGGACUGCUUUUUAGCAUUGAUUAUAUCAACCUGGACAAGUCUGGGCAAGUUCCCUUAACCAGCUAUGUUUAUUAUGAUGGUAAGCCAUUGAUCAGCAACAAUCCAGAGUGGGGAGCUGUCCUCUGGCUGCUUUCAGGGCCCCUCCCCAAUCCCAAUGAAUUGAUCUCUUUCAGAGUUGCUACAAAGGGUGCAGUCAAUGCAAUGCAGUGAUUUGAAAACCCCCGCAUUACCAUUCAUGUGAUAAUCAAGGAAAACAAAGCUUUUCCAAAGGGUGAUCGGGACCUUGGUGUGAUUAACUUGAUUAAGAAGAAGAAUAAACUGUGGAAAUAAACAGAAAAGCCAGUGGAAAUGGAGGUUAUAUGGGUGUUAGAGGAUGAGCUGUGGAAUUUUAUAAUGAGCAGACAUCAGUCCCCAAAUAACAGUGUCAUUUUAAAUCACAAUAUUGAUCUUGAUGAAACAGAGUUUGUACAAAAUCAAUUAAAAAGCGUUUGUAUAAAGAACAGGAACAUAAAGAGCAAUGCAGCUGAUGAAAAACCCAUCAGCCACAUACAGCAAACCAAAUUACCAACAGUAAUUAAAGUGGAUGCCUGCCACAUUAAAAAAUAAUGUGAUACAAUUUCUAAUUGCUCACUACUUCCUGUUUUCCCAUAUAUUGCAAUACCGCUCAUCCCUAGAGAAUGUAAUUACAAAGGAGUCAGUGGAAAGGUUGCAGGAAACCUCUUAAAAUCAAUGAGGUAGCAUUGUGCAGUUCAAUAGCUUAGAUUAACCCUUAGAUGUGCUUUUUGUAUAUUUAUAAAAAGAAUGAUAGUGAAAACAAAGUAAUAAUAAAUAUUGAUACUAGGAUAGAGGCCUGAAAUUGGCCCACAGGGCAGAACAAACAUAUGGACAAAAUGAGCCCAGUUAUAGAUUGUGUUCCACAGGGUUUGAUUCAUUUGUCUCCUGAAUGAGGACAAAGGUCAUGCUCUUUCGGUUUGUUCAAUGAGCACCCAGCUGUUAGCACAUCAGAAGUGAUGCAAAGUCAAAACAGCACCUAGGAAUUCAUACAGUCCUGCACACAAGCCAUGAUUCCAUUAGUCUGCAGCCAGACACUGAGGAAGACAAACAUAGUCAUGCAAGUCCUUUAACAGGAGAUGUAAUUACCAAAGAGACUACUUUUAAGGACUGAACUUCUUUUUAGCUGGAUUAGAAAUUAAUUUGCAUGCUUUGGUAAUUUUUUUAUCUUCAGAAUGAUUGUAUUCAUCAGUAAGAUUGUUCUUUGUGACUGACAUCGAGAGAUAAGUUGUAGCUUUAUAGAGAAAAAAGAGCAGAGUACCAACACGGAUCACCCUCAGCGCCACCAGUGCAGUCAUCCCAACCAGGACCCCAUCAACAGACUACCACCAGGAAAGCGAGAGGUCAUGGAGAAGUAUUUUAAACCGGUUCAGAGCCCAGCUGAGCUGGAUAAGCUCAAGCCACGGAAAAUCCACCAUCAUCGCCAUCAUCACCUUCACCAUAGCCAAGACACUCAGUCACACAGGUACUCGAAGUUUGAUGACACUGACAGGAACACAGAUGACAGCCGAGAGCAGCCUCGCCACCAUCAGCACAGUCACUAUCUCCAUGAAAGCCCUCGCCACGAUGCUCACUAUCCCCGUCAGUUUCACCACAGUGAAGAGGAUGAGAUCAUUUACGACCAUGAUACUUCUGUAACUCUCUCAAGGGCUUCCUCUUCUUCCCUCUCAUCCUCAUCCUCUUCCUCCUGGUACACAGAGUCAAGUGCAAAUGAUCCUUUCACUCUUUGCCACGCUGAGCGCCCACAGCAUUCUCUGUCCUGCUCCAAUAUCCCAGAUGUGCGCAUAGGUUUCCGGGAAGAUGAAUGCAGUGAGCCCAUUGUCUUUGCUACCGUCAAACACAGCAAAAAAGGCAAGCUGCUUCAUGAAAGCUCACAGCAAAGAGGGAACACUGGCUUUUCUGCUCUUGACAGAGGUCACAGUCGGAGCGAUGAAGCCUUUUUUCAGAGUAAUGAUAGUGGUGGAAGAGAACAAUCUAAGCAAAAUAACUAUGGGCCUUUGUAUAAGUCAGCUAGUUUGAACCGAUGUCUGGCUUUCAGUGAGGAAAACAUUCUUUUAGGGGUCUCCAGUGCCCCCAAGAGAGCAGUAUCUUCAAACCAGCUACCCAGCAAAGGGAUCCUCAAGAACAAGGAGACUCAUACUGACAUUCGUAAGACUAAAUCGAUGGAGGUGUUGUCCCCAAGAGUUGCUAAAGAACAUGGUCCUGGGCAGAAGGGUAAAGAAAUUACUCAAGCUAACAUAGAGCAAGCCAGGGCCAAUUUUCUGCAGCAGAAAUUACAGUUCUCUGCUUUUCUAGAUGAGAUUACAAAGAGCGUUAUAAGUCCAUCGUAUCUCACCAGCUUGGGUGUUAAUAAUAAUAAAACUCCUGCAAAAACAUCUGACUCAGCCCCCACAUCUAACCCAGUUAAGCCUCAGCUCCCACCAAAAAAACACAGAAAAGCCCCAGUGGAGGAGACGGGCCAGCAUCCCAAACUGGCCAGCAGACAGGAGAAAGCACCUUUCAGUAGUUCUCGAAAACACUCAGACUGCUCCAAUCCUGACAAACUGAUUUCAUAUGCCAUGAGGAACCACCAUGGUAGCCCACCGCCUCGUCACCACCCGCACUCUGCCAGCCAAAGCCCACACCACGGAAGCAACCGUAAGGACAGGAGGCCUACGUCAGGAGACAGAUUUGGUAGAGGUGGCCCUCACCUCACCGAUGAAACUAGCACCAGCCCUGAAACCAGUCAGUCCAAACAACGCCACCACCACCACCGAAAACAGCAGCAUAGCCAGCAUCCACAUAACCAGCACUUCCACCAACAGUCCUAUCCAGACUCUGGUCACCAAGAACCAAGCAACUCGCCUCCAACUUCAGCCCAAGGUGCAGGGGUCGGAUCUGAGUCUUCAUCCACAAAAUCCGAUUCAUCCAGGGCCAGGGACACAGCCUCCACAGCUACCAGCCACAGCUCAGAUCAGAGUGGUCGACACCAGCCACAACAUGUUGGGCACUCUCAGCAGCACAGGGAUGUGCUGUGUGACGCUGACCAUCUUCAGGCACUGCAGGAGGAGAAUGCUGAUCUCCACCAGAACUUGCUGCAGACAGUGGUUUGCAUUGAGAGCCUGGAGGCAGAGCUGCAGAGGACCAGAGACGAGCUCAGUCACGUCAAGGAGAAAUACAAAAGCCUUCUGCAAACACAUACUGGGACCAAGCAGGCCAAUAACUUGCUGGGGGAGCACCUGCACAUAGCGUCCGAGAGCCUGAGCAGUGAAAGGAAGUACUUGCUCAAUCGUGUGUCCAACCUGAGCUCAGAGCUGGAAGACGCCCACAGGACCAUUGCAGCCCUGGAGAACAUUAAUGUGCCAUGCUUGAUAAAGGAACUACUGAAGAAGCAUUUUGAUUCAGCUGAGGCUGUACAGAAGUUUCUCACAACCACUGCUGCAAACAGCCAUUCUGCCACCUCUCAGCAAACAGAUGGCCAGCCCCACCCUCCUAAAGCAGACAAAGCAGCACACGAUUGGCUGACAAAACCAGAGGCAGGUCCACAGAGGGUCACAGCUUUCACACCCUUUAAACAGAGUGUACCAGCAACAGGAAAUGAAUGCGGCCUCUCGGGUCAGCAUGAGCUGAGCCACAGCCCGCCUUUCUCUGUGGCUGAGAUCAGCACCGCUAUCUAUAAGAAAAUGGCUGCCAGUUAUGCUGCCAGGCCACAGCCUAUCUACCCCCAAAGCCAACAGCAGUCCUCUUUGGCCACUAAUCAUGCUGACACCCUUCCAGACCUCAGGCAGGGCCAUGUAGCUAGUGAUAACUGGGCCGGGAAGGGAGAGUUAAAGGUAACUCUUUUGGAGCAGGACACUGAUGAUGUGAACUCUGUGUCAGCCCAGCAGAUUCUGGAUGAUUUCAUGCAGCACCUACAGUUACACAAGGAGGCUGGUGAGAGGAAGGAGCAACAGAGUGGGCAGAAUUGUAGGGCAGAAGUAACAGAGUGAAAAUGCCACAGGCACAGUGAAUGUUCAUCUUAAUGCUUCGAAAUGUGCAUUUAUUCAUCUGUCUCAUGGAUAUCUGUCAGAUGGAAAUACUGUAUUUUGAAAAUGCUGUGGUUACGAAAACUUGAACAUUAUGUUAUUUUAGGCUAUCUGUGGGUGACAAAGGAAGGCUUUGCAUAAUAGUCAGAAGAUUUUCAUGCACAAAAAGAAAGAAAGAGCCACAGCUACGUCAAAAGAGUGAGAAAAAUGGCAAUAAAAUAACAAAGUAACCAAUUAUUUUAUUAAAAAUAUGCUUAUGCAUAAGUUCCUGUAGUAUUAAUUCACUGUCUAUUUUUUUUUACCUUUUAGUUUUCUUCCAAAUUGAUAGUGAAGGCAAAGUCACAGUGGAUAUCACAUAAUAUGGCAUCUCUAUCUAAAUCCAUCCAUUCACCCAUCUUCAUCCAAGUUAAGGUCAUGGGGGUAGCUGGAGCCUUUCCUAGCAGAUAGGUCACCAGUCGGUUGCAGCGCUGACACAGAGAGACAACUAGGGCCAGUUUAGAAUCACCAGUUCACCUAACCCCACUAAUUGCACAUAGAACCUUCUCGCUAACCAGCUCAUCACCAUGCUGCCCACUUCAUACAGACUACAGAAGUAUUUAAUUGUCUCUGAUAAUAGAUCAUUGACACUGAUGGGAUCAAAUGCGAUCACUUUUAACAAAUUAAAAAAACAGUGAAAGACAGGGAAUUUAAAAGCAGGAUACCUCAAGGCCUUCUGCUAAGUGAACAAUGAAUAUUCAGUGAACGACUUUGAGUGACAUCGAGAAAACAACAUGAGAAAGGAAGCUAAUUCCCCUUUGGAACCCAUUUAAGUCUUGAGUCAGGGCAUCUCUUUCUUAAAGCAGCAGGUUACUGUACCAUCAGUAUCACUAGAGACUGUUUUAAUCUACAUUUAUUCAUAAUAAUUCAGCCAGACUCAGUUGUUCGUGUUUCUGCUAUAUAUUUGUGUAAAAUAACGCUUCAGGGACUGCUUUGGAUGUUUCAAACAGUCUAAAUAGCCCCCAUGUGAAAACCUCUUAAAAUUAAUAAGUGUACAAUGAAAAAUACUAUUUUGAGUUUACUGUGCAUUGAUUGGUUUGUGUAAAUAUCCAGAGAUUCAGUGUAAAUGUCUUUAAUUCAUAAAAAGAAAGUCAAAUAUUAUGAUUCAAAAAUGUUUUCUUUGUAUUAUUGCAGGGUCUUUACCUUACAAUGUAAAGUGCCUUGAGGCAACUGUUGUUGUGCUUUGGCACUAUAUGAAUAAAAUUGGAUUGAAUUGAAUUGUUGACAGGAGAAAAUCUUUUCAAGCUGAUGUAAAUGACAAAUGUAUACAGUUAGAAUACAAAGGCGUGUACAGCUAUUGUGAUGGUGUUGAUAAGCUUAACAGAACGUGUACACCUGGAAUCUAUGUGUUCCUUUAAUUCUGUGCUUAGCAUUCUUCUGGUAUUAAUGUUGUUUUAAUCUAAAUCUCUCUCUACAUUUUGUCAUUAAAAAUACUUCUUUGUGUCUUUGCAGCUAUUCUACCAAUAAAGAUAGUUUUGUUGAUGCAGUA